UCAGAGGAACUCCAACAUGUCGGUUGCUGGUUUCACGUCCUUGAGCCGCUGUGGAGUUUUGGCGUUCCGCUGCCCCGCAGGACUGGUGGCGGUGCGGUAUGCCCAAACAGCGGCGGCAACAGCAGUUCAACCCAGAGUAAAAAAGUUCCAGGUGUACAGAUGGGACCCAGACACUCCAGGAGACAAGCCUCGCAUGCAGACUUAUGACAUUGACCUCAACACUUGUGGCCCAAUGGUUCUCGAUGCCCUGAUCAAGAUCAAAAAUGAGAUGGACUCCACUCUGACCUUCCGACGCUCCUGCAGAGAGGGUAUUUGUGGAUCCUGUGCAAUGAAUAUUAAUGGAGGAAACACACUCGCCUGUCUCAACAAGAUUGACAGCAACCUCAGCAAGCCCACUAAGAUUUACCCUCUGCCGCAUAUGUAUGUGGUCAAAGACCUGGUACCUGACAUGAGUAACUUUUACGCCCAGUACAAGUCUAUUGAGCCCUACUUGAAGAAGAAGGACGAGACAAAUGAAGGGAAGGAGCAGUACCUGCAGACUGUGGAGGACAGACAGAAACUGGACGGGCUGUACGAAUGUAUCCUGUGCGCCUGCUGCAGUACGAGCUGCCCCAGCUACUGGUGGAACGGAGACAAAUACCUCGGGCCUGCUGUGCUGAUGCAGGCGUAUCGUUGGAUGAUUGACUCACGAGACGAGUUCACAGAGGAGCGUCUGUCCAAGCUGCAGGAUCCUUUCUCCCUCUACCGCUGCCACACUAUCAUGAACUGCACCAAGACCUGCCCCAAGGGCCUGAACCCUGGAAAAGCAAUAGCUGAGAUCAAGAAGAUGAUGGCCACAUACAAGGAGAAGAAGGCGGCUGCUGCUGUCUGAAACCUCAGUUGUCCUCUUGUCCAACUUUUCCCUCCAUCAUAAAAUUAUAUAUUGAUUAAAGUAAUGCUUUUUGAGGUUUGAAUGAUCAGUGCACCAGUCAGCUCCACCACCACCACCACACUGCAGACUGACAUCAGCUGUCAUAGGGGAGUGAGUGUGUGUGUGUGUGUGUGUGGUUGGAAGACUUGGUGUUACACAAACGCACAUUGUACAGUAUGAAUGCACGAGAGAGUGUGUGCGUGUCUGAGUCUUACAUGUACCAUGACAGAAGUAUUUAUCUUCAGCUACUGUAUGUAUGUCUGUGCCCUUGGGAGAUGCCAUGCUGCAUAUUAAAGUAAAAAGGAGGCGUUUUCUUGUAUUCAAACAGUUUUAGCUUGUUGCUUUUCAGCUUUGCCGGUUAUUCACAGACAUACAGUGUAUAUGUUCCCCCAGAUCUUCCAACAUACCAACAGCAGUCUUAGUUUUGAUGGAAAAUAAACCGUUGAA